AUGGCUGAGGAAGUGGUGAAUCCCAUGGACAUCUGCCCGGCGCAGACAAAGAAGCUGCGAGCGUGCAUUGCCUGCGGCCUGGUGAAGACGAGCCAACAGUUUGUGGAGAAUGGGUGUGAAAAUUGUGAAGAGUUCCUUGGACUCAAGGGUAACCCAGAAGGCGUUGAGACAUGCACAAGCGGCAACUUCCACGGGAUCAUUGCUCUGAUCGAACCCGGCGAUUCGUGGGUGGCGAGAGCAAAACGGCUCGGUGAGGUGACGGGGAGCCUGGCUGACGACGCAGUUAAGGAGUUGCCAGAGCCCAUCCGACAAAGAUAUCUCGCAGAACAGCAACAAGCAGAGUAG